AUGAGCUCAAAACGUUUGAAAAACGAGAGAAAAAGCGUAGGUCCGCAAUGUGCUGCCUAUGGCUGUACCAACGCUUUUAAUAAGAAUCCAGACUUGAAUUUUUUCUYUUUCCCGAGUGACAAAUCAAAGCAAAAUCGAUGGUGUAAUCUUAUAAAGAGACGGCACGGCCAUGAUGGUUUCUAUAUCACGAGGUUAACAGUGGUUUGCAGUAGUCAUUUUUCGGAAAAAGACAUUUAUAAAACAUUAACUGGGAUCAAGAAACUAAAAAAAGACGCGGAACCAUCGCUUGGUCAUCAAUGGAGUAAACCUAAAGAUACCAACAAAAGAGCACUUCCUAAAUCAAGAAAAGUUGAGACACUGGACAAAAGAACUGAAGAUAUUGUAACUAGUUGUAAUAUCGAAGAGGAUGUUGAAGUUCCAGUGGAAAACAUCGAUAAUAUGGAGGGCUACCAAGAAAACUCUCAGGAAAAACUCAUAAAUGAGCUGAGGAUGCAAGUAGAUGGACUUCAGAAACAAGUACAGUCAUUAAACGAUGAAUGUCAGUAUCACAAGAGCAAAUAUUUUUCUCUCGAAAAAUAUAAAGAUGAUGAUAACGCCAUCUCGUUUUACACAGGAUUUGAAAAUCAUAAUGCACUAGUAGCCUUCUACAGAUAUCUUGAGCCUAAAGUACAGAAUUUGCAGUAUUGGAAAGACCUUGUGAGAAGAAAUAUGCCUGCAGAGUUUAACAAAUAUCCCACCACCAGAGUAGUGUUAGACUGUACAGAAGUUUUUAUAGAAAAACCAUCAACAAUGAUUGCGCAGUCCCAAACUUGGUCCCAGUACAAACAUCAUAAUACCUGGAAACUGUUGGUAGGAGUAUCCCCAAAUGGACAGGUGACCUUU